UUGAGCUUUUUUUUUUCAGGAAGUGAUGUUGAGAACAAUCUCUCACCAUCACUGCACUUUCUCAGGCUGUUUUUCAGCGUUGAGCAGGUGAAACACGCAAUGGUUCUGCUCUUUGAGCUGAGAUUCUUUGGUUUGUGGAUGCUUUGGUGGUGCUGUUUGGUCAAAGGAUCUAGAGGAUGUCAAAUGCAGUAUGUUGGCAGAAGCAACUUAACCACUGAGCUGCAGUCUGAUGUUCUUCUGCCAUGUAUCUUUAAACCAACCCUCCUCGGAUCAAACAAGACUGCAGAUAUAGCAGCAGUGUGGAGUCAGAGGACUAUACCAGCAGAUAAUCUAGUGGAGAUCAAUCUGCAGGGUGAAGUAAUGUUCUGGAAUAACAGAGGUGGACGUAUUAAGACGUUCCCCAAACUCUCAGAAUCUGGAAACUUCUCCAUCCUCCUCCGUAAUGUACAGCAGUCUGAUCUGGGUCUCUACCGCUGUGAGCUUCAUGAGGGAAUCAACUGCAGCAUCGCCUAUCAGGAAGUGCAGCUUGGUCUUGUUGCUGUUUCUGAAUACCAGAAAACCAUCAUAGCAGGAACAUCAGGAGGAGCAGUAGUACUACUACUGUUCACAGCAUGUGUUUGCUACAUAGCGAGUAAACGAAGACACCGUAAGAGACAAGGCGGCGUUCGAGGACUCACACUUUCUAACCCAAUAUAUGACUCUGUCAGACAUACGGAAAAGAACAGCCAAAGCAGACACGAAGGUCUGCAUCUUAACACAGUCUACGACACUGUUGGGCUCCCAGAGACCAGCACAGAGAAAGUGAUAUACGAGGAAAUCGGUGUUAAAGCAUCAGAGCAAUAGAACAUAAUUCAGACUUGCUCAUGUCCAAAAGUAUCGACACCCCUUCUAAUUGAUGA